AUGAUCUUGGGCAGCGAUAUCCAUAUCAGUGUCACCAUCUCCAGUCAAUCUCAUCCGGAUCCAACCACUCGCUGUACUUACGCUCAGGUGGCGAUCACCAUUCACCAUGAUGAUUGCCUGGCCUUUGUCUGCAUCUUGCUACCAGCUUUGGAUACUCGGAAAGCUCUUGAUGGAUAUAUACAUGUCGCUGCUGCUGAGACUACCCACGAGAGCAGCACCACUCUAAUCCUACUUUACGCCCGCAUCAAGGAACUCCCCAUUGUCGUGGGUCUCGUCAGUCUCCUGGUAUCCUGCUUUCUCAGCCUCACGCCCUUGAACGGAUCUGGCGAUACAUUCUUCACCGCUACAAUAGCCAUGACUGCCGAGAGAGCUCCUUCAGCACUUGAAUUGCUGCUGGCCGCCGAUGAAGCCUGUGUCGUAUCUUCCUGCGCAAGCCUACAGCGUCAACCCCCUUGGUCGCCUUCCUGGAGCUCGUACCCAGCUGCCAAUGAUCAAGUCCAGCGCCGCUCUGGUGCCAUCCAGAACACUUCUGAACCUGCCCCCUAUUCCUCCCCCAUGGCUCGCCCUAGUCCGCCUGCUAUGGCGACUUUGACCUUCCUCUUCAUCGCAUCUGCUAUUCCUGCUUCGGCCUCUUCGACUUAUAGAGCUAUAUUCGGUGCUGCUCCUUCUUCUUCUCGCGCAUCUGUGGCAAGCAGCACUGGUUUUGGUUCCGCAAGUACCACGACGAGACUGACUCUGGCGUCGCUCACCCCCCAGAGCUCAAUCCCAUGGCCCCUAUCUUUGCCUCCAGUGCCUCCGGUCACCAGCCCUUCUUGCCGAACUUCUCCACCGCACCGCCUCCAAACACAAACUCGUCACCUAUAUAACGGCAGCCCAGCAAGUAGAAGUGCAAGGAACUUCAGCGGAAGAGCCCAUGCAGCAGCUCUUUGCCAGACCUAUGGAUAUGAAGCUCCCAUCUCUCGCAAACGCCGCGGCAAAUUCCACGCAGGAAAUAAACGCCUCGUUUGGGAUAACUGCCAUCACAAACACUACAAAUGUGUCAAGCCUGACCCCAACAAGCCUUGUGUUGGAUGUAUGAAGGCUCGUAGGGACACUAAGAAGUGUAAGGUCGCCAAGAACGUGCCGGCUUGA